ACAUGCGUGACGUGUCAGUCUGCACAACACACGCCAUUUUGGUCAGCCUUCUGCAGAUUGUAAAGAUCAUUUGUAUAGAAUAAUAUUCUUCAAAUUAUGGAGAUUUCUUCCGAAGCGAAUGUGGACAGUACUAAAGAAGUCGAAACCGCUGAUGUUUUUAAUGCUGUAGAGCAUUGCCUACCAUGUAAGGAACAAGACAAUGAGAAACUAGCAGUUUAUUGGUGUACCAACUGUUCAGAAUUAUUAUGUGAAAAUUGCUAUGGUCAUCAUAAAGUUCUUAAAGCAACCCGAGACCAUAAAAUGCUUAGCAUAGUCGAUUACCAUAUAAUAGGGAAAAGUAUAGCAGAAUCAGAAUCCUACUGCCAAAUGCACCCAACAAAGGGAAUCAAGUUUUUCUGUGUUACUCACAAUACUCCUUGCUGUAAUACAUGCAAAGAGGAGACACAUGGUAUAAAAUGCAAUGUGCAGUUAAAAGAUGACAUUUUGAAAAUAACAGAUGUCAGAGGAGAUAUGAACGCGAUGAUUGAAGCAAUGACGAAAAUGGUUGAAAAUAUGCGAACAGAGUUGCUUAAGGAUCGCUGGAAUGUCUCAGAUUUGGAAAAGCAAAAAACUGUCUUUUAUAAUGAAAUGAAAAAAGGUCGACAACUGGUAGAAAAUUUUCUUGACAAGUUCGAAAACGAUGUAAAAGAAAAGUUUGAAUUAGCUUUCUCUGCCGCCAAAGAAACUCUGUGUGACAAUAAAAGGAAAAUAAAACACAAACUAAAUGUUGUACAGAAAAGGACAGAAACUGCAGAAAAGAUAAAAGAAUCUGAAUUUUCUGAGUUUAAAAUGUUUCUUAUCAAAACUAAAUUUCAUACAGACUAUUUAGAUGACCAAAUACAAAUUGAAAAUCUCCUUAAAGGAAUAAAAGAUGGUCUUUUUGUUGCGCAACCAAUUUAUGAUUUGAAUCACCAGGCAAAACAAAUAACCCUCAAUAAAGGAUUUGAAGUGGAAACUGUUGGUCAAAGCCAUAUCGGUAAAAAGCAACCAGAGUUUGAUGAUAUUGAGUUCAGUUCAUCAACAGUAGAAGCAGAAGAGGGUAUUAUAGACGAAAACGUCCACCUAGAAAAAAAUAUUCCAUUAGAUGGUGUCAAACACACCUCUGACAACAUACUCACUGUGAAAUCUGAUAUAUACCAGCUAAAGGAACAUUUCUUUAUUGAACGUCGUAAUAAAGAUAUUAUGGUAAAUUGCAUAAGAUUUCUUUCAAGUAAUAAAAUAGUUCUGACAGAAGAUUCCGAUUCCAGAAUUCUGGUUUACCAGACAAAUGGUUAUAAGAUAGGUGAGGUUGGUUUUGAAGAGGAUCCAGAUGAAAUUGCUGUCAUUGACGAAACUCAGGUUGCUGUGUCUGUUAAGAAGAAAGUUGUUUUUGUAGAUACUGUCGAAUUAGAGACUAAAAUAAAGAAAAAUCUCCGUGAUUACAUUUCAGGUCUGUCUUAUGCAAAUCACAAAAUAUUUGCAUGUUUACAACAUAAAGGCGUUCUUAUAAUGGGACUCUCUGGAAAAGUGCUUCGAACUAUUCCAUUUAUUAAAGGAAGAUUGUAUAUUUGUACAACAAUUAAUGAAAUGAUUUAUUCUGUGAAAUAUGGAAAUUCAAACAUGUUCCAAUGCUAUGAUAUUAACAGAAACAAGAAAGAAGUGUACGCUUUCACAUGUUCCAAUCGUACGUUUGAUGUUAAUGGAAUAACAUGCGACGUAGACGGGAAUACAUAUCUUGCCAUCAGUGAAACUGAAAUAAUCAAAGUUGAUACUGCAACAAGAGCAAUUUCAACAAUUUUAACGGCAAAGGAAGGUUUAAACAAUCCUUAUAAUAUUGAUUGUUGUGAUAAUGGAAAUAGACUCUUAACCAUUGACAACGGAAGAGAAGUGAAAAUUUUCCAAAAACUGAACAGUUAAACGCGCAAAUCGGGUGGUUACACUGAUGUUAAAAACUUUCUUUAAUGAUUAUUAAAAUAACUAAAUCAACUUUUGAAUUCACCGGUCUCAAAUUGCCUUAUUAGUUAUUACUAUCAUUUCUUGCUUGUCUUCAAUUGUAAACUCUUUUCAUCUUAAACAGUGAGACAUCAUAAAUCAUAAAUAUUUUACGUAUACUCUGAGGCUUUAUUCUAUAAUUAGUUCACACUGCAGUUCUGAUAUUAAACUGUUUUAUGAAAACAGAUAAGACGUGCAUUCAAAAACAAAAACGAUUUUCUAUCGGAAUAAAAACGAUUUGUUUUUUUCAAAAUGUAUGUUGUUCCUGGAAUCCACUGAUGCAUGCUUUUGUAAUUUUUCUAUCAAAUGACAUACUUACCAAAACAAUAAGCCUUUGCCUAAAAGACUAUAAUUUACUUUAAUUUCGAUAGUAUAUUUACUUUGUUUUCGAAUUGCCUUUACAUUUGUAACUUUGAAAAUAAUCAAAAUCUGUAUUUACACAUCAAAAUUGCAGUUUGUAGACAUAUUUAUAAUUAUUCAUAAUUUGGUUACAUAUUCAAAAUGUUAUCAUAAUAUUACUUAAUACUAAUGAUAAUUACAUCAAACGGCGAUAUUGUGAAUCUUAGUAAAGUUUCAAAAGCCUUUUUUAAAGACCUGUAUGAAUUAAAUCAAAGAGAAAUUUACACAACCAAACAUCUAAAUGUUAAAAGCGAUAAUUUUGAGAAAAAAUUCAAACAUGACCAUUUUUUUAAUGGGACUGGUAACAAGAUCUCGUCAUCGUGACCAUUUGGUGUUAUUCAUACAAUUGUGGAAUAUUCAGCUGAUAGGACCAAAUCAGAAGGGUUGGACUUGUUGGAUGAAUGCAUUUAUCUGUUAUUUCUACAAAUAAUAUUGUUCCAUUGAUUUAUGUAAUAUAAAAUGAACCACUUAUGUGUAAGCAUACACACACCGAAGACUUUGUGUAUUUUCACCGUACACUAAUACUUUGAAAAAAUUAAAGCUUGAUUAAACGUUUUUCAUCUCUCAAAAAAUAACUUAGAUAUUUUUUUUUUGUUGGUAAGAUAUUGCAACUGUUGAGGACAAUACUACUCUACAGAUUGGUACAUAAUUUAUAUAUUGAAAAAAAAAGUGUGACGCAAUAUGAAUGCUCCAAUUAUGUGCCUUCCUUGCAUAUUCUCUAGUUUAUGUUAUUUACUGUUUUUCCUUCUUCUCAAUUAACAAUAUUGUAAAACCUUAUAUUGUAUUUUUUCAAUAUUCAAAUCGACAGAACAUAAAGGUAUUCAUGAUUGUGUA